AUGCCAUCCCUCAGCGACAACAUCUCGGUGCGGAUCCUCAAAGCCGCCGAAGAAGGGCACUACGGCGUCCCCGGCGUGGUGUGCUACAACCUCGAAGCGAUCAUCGCAUGCCGAAAAGCCGCGGAGGCCAAGAACUCACCCUGCCAGAUCCUGCUGUUCCCGUGGGCGCAGGAAUACGCAUACGACAACCUGGUCAACCUGGCGGCCGACGUGUGCCGCAGCGCGUCGGUGCCCAUGUCGCUGCACCUGGACCACGCGCAGAGCGAGGCGGGGAUCAAGAAGGCCGCGCUCACCGGAAAAUUCGACAGCAUCAUGGUCGACAUGAGCCACUACGAGAAAGAGGAGAAUCUCGCGAGGACAACCGAGCUCGUCAAGUUCUGCCACGACCUGGGCAUUGCGACGGAGGCGGAGCCCGGUCGUAUCAAUGGCGGCGAGGCCGGUGUGCAGGACACGGGUGAUCUCCAGGGCAUCCUGACCACGCCCGAGGAGGCCCUGCAGUUCAUCGCCACGGGCAUUGAUUUCCUGGCCCCUGCGAUCGGCAAUGUCCACGGACCGUAUAACGGCGUGGAGAACAUCAAGUUGGAUUUCCCCAGGUUGAAGGGCAUCCGGGAAGCGAGUCUAGGCAAGGUCACCCUGGUCAUGCACGGGACGAACGAGUUCACGGCCGAUAUCUUCAAGCAGUGUGUUGAGGCCGGCAUGACGAGGUUGAAUGUUAAUCAGAUUGUGCUGUGGAAGUACGAGGACUAUGCCAAGGAGAAGGCUGGAAGGACGCCCUUGACCGAGUUCAUGGAGACGGGCACUGCCUUGAUCCAGGAACGCAUUGAGUGGAUGAUGGACGCCAUUGGGAGUUCAGGACGUGCCGGUGAUGUUAAGAUAUAG